AUGGCUUGUUUAGCUCACAAUCCACACUAUCGCUCUUUCUUUCAUGCUGUUGUUAAUGAACUUCGAAAUGAAAAGUGCAUGCCUGUAUCUAUAUUACGAAAUAUACCUCGUCAAUGUUGUACCUGUAACAACCUUGACAACGAAACAUUAAUAAAUGUUCUUAUUGAUGACAAAGAUAAAUUAAUAAAUUUAAAGAAACUUAUUGAUCAAAUAGAUCGAGAUAAAAAAACCAAUCCCAAACUUGUUUUAUCACUAAAUCGAUUAGAAAAUAUUAUUAAAAAAUAUCGAAUUUUAGAUUCAAAUUUAUUAUCAACAUCAACAGUUGAUAAUCAUGUUAGUAAACUUCAUGAUGAUUCAUCCGAAUCUGAAGACGAUCAUCGAAUGGAUAUUGGUCGAAGACGCAUCAUAUCCAGAAAAAGAACUAAAUCACCAAAACCACUUAAAAAUGGAGAAUUUCUAUUUUUACCAUAUAAAUUCGAUAAUAAACCAAAACUUAGAUUACCACUAGAUUCUGCGAAAAAAAAACAACGUGGUCGAUUUAUUGGUAGAAAUGGUUAUAUAUCAUCAUUAGAAAAAGAUCAUCAUGUUUGUAUUAAUAUGAUAACAUCUAAAACGACUGAACAAAUUAAAAAAACACUUGAAAAUGCGAAAGCAGGAGUAGGAAAUGUAAAAAUUCAUAAUCAAAAAGAUCUAUCCGAACAACAAGAUGGUGAAUGGAUAUUAGUUCGACAAAAAAAAGAUGAAAAACAAGCAAAUACAAUUGAUUUUGAAACAUUACUAGAUGAAUUAACAAAUCGAUGGGAAAGUUUUCUUACGAUACAAAAACGCAAACGUGAAGAUGAAAAUGAAGAGUAUCCAAACAAAAAAUAA